AACAUCGCUUGGUCGUUUUAGUAAGCUUCUCAUCGCGCGCGCAUAUCAGAGUUUAUUAAUAGCCGCAUACACGAAUAACAGAUUGAUCAAGAUCUUUUUGUAAAUGCGAAUCGUCUACGGUUUUACGAGGUGAAGAGUUCAGCGAAAGAGACGAAUAAGGGAUAACGAGAGACAAGCGCGCACAUAAUAUAUACAACACUUUAUUGAAUCAAUAUUGAAUCAACUUCGAUCUCGUCGUCGAGUAUAAACUUUAUACUUUUGAAACUUUUGACGUAGAACUUCACACACGAGGUAAAUGAUGAUGGUUAUAACAAGUGACGUUUUCAAUAUAAACAUAAGCUCCGAAACAAAGGAAUACGAUUUAGAUUACAUACCGUAUGAUCAACGACCCGAAACUUACAUUGUGCCAGCAGUAUUUUCAUUAAUUCUGAUUGUGGGUGUAACGGGAAAUGGUAUCUUGGUUCUUAUCCUGUUAUGCCACGCCAAUAUGAGAAAUAUACCAAACACUUAUGUGCUAUCUUUAGCUCUGGGCGAUCUGUUGGUGAUUGUGACUUGUGUACCUUUCACGUCUAUUCUUUACACAAUAGAGUCGUGGCCAUGGGGGUUAACUAUCUGCAAACUAUCCGAAUGCGCUAAGGAUAUUUCAAUCGGUGUGUCGGUAUUUACUCUAGCGGCUUUGUCAGCCGAAAGAUAUUGCGCCAUAGUGAAUCCCAUCCGUCGCCACAUAGCAGGUUUAAGCGCAAAACCACUAACGAUUUUAACGGCAUGCCUUAUCUGGCUCCUAGCGAUUGUCUUAGCUAUGCCCGCCGCGCUCUUCUCCAACGUUCCGGCUAUACCGUUGCAAGGAAAUCGCAGCAUAUUAAUCUGCAGCCCUUUUCCCGAGGAGUUUGGUGAAUACUAUCAAAAAGGCUUAGUAAUGUUCAAAUUUUUGGUGUAUUACGCGAUACCGCUGUGCGUGAUAGCCGGUUUCUAUCUGGGCAUGGCACGGCAUUUAGCAUUGUCCACUAGGAAUAUGCUAGGUGAAUUCCCCGAUCAUCGCUUUGAACAGAUAAAGGCGCGCAGGAGGGUGAGCAGAAUGGUGAUGUGUUUCAUAAUUGUUUUCGUGAUUUGUUUCCUACCGUAUCACGUGUUUAUGCUGUGGUUUCACUUCUCCCCCACGUCGCGGGAUGACUAUGAUAAUUUCUGGCACACCUUUAGGAUAAUCGGUUUCUGCCUCAGUUUCAGCAACAGCUGCGUUAAUCCCAUAGCCCUAUACUUAAUUAGCCGCACGUUUCGUCAAAGAUUUAAUAAAUAUCUAUGCUUCUGUCUACCGGGUGGCUCCCCCCUUUGCGGUGGAGGUCGAAUAGAAAGAGGCAGAAUUCGUGACAAUGGUGGCUUUUCCCAAAAAUAUCGGGGUGAUAUGCGGGGCACGUUUUGCGAGACCAGUUUCCGUUCCACCUUCCGAAGACGUACACAAGAAUUUAACUCGACCGGCGUGUUCGAGAUGGGCAGCAUAGAAACGACUAAACCUACUCCCAACGAUCGAAAGUUGCUUUCGAGUGGGGGAGAAUAAUUGAUAAUGUACUGAAUAAUUGAAAGAAUGAUUUAGAUUGUAAGACUCAUUUAAAUUCGCAUUUUCUAUUUCUGCAAAAUGAAUAUUAAUAUUUAUCUAAUUUUAAUAAAAGAAAAUUUGAAAGAAUUUUAUUUUUUUAAUAAUUGUGCAAAAAAAAUAAAUCAUAUAAAAAAAGAAUUUAUUUUUUCUACUAUUAAAAUAUGAAAUAUAUAAAGCAGUACUUUUAAAAAACUUAUUAUACGUGUGCGAUGUAUAUCCUACUCAAUCAAGUUGUUAUUAAUUAGCAAUUCUUAUUUUUUUCAUACGUUUCUCGUAUUUAAAAAAAUCAAAAAUUUAUCUUUUAUAAAAAAAUGGUAAUAAUUAUUUCCUUUGUAUAAUUAUUAAUAUCAAAAACAACGAAAGCUAACUUUGUUUAUCAAUGCAAUAAAUAAGCGAUUAGCCAUUAAAAAAAGACAAAACAGUAAGAAGUACAACGAGAUACGUAGAUAUCCCUAUCUACUUCUUAUACGAUUUUCUUUGUUAUACUUCUUACAAGAGGACUGACUCACAGAAUUAAAUUAAAUCUUACUCUCUAUAAGAUUAUCAUAUGAGCGAAAAAAAGCGUACAAGUACGAAACAAAUGUAAGACAAAACUCAUGUCAAAUCUUGAUACUUUAAUUGUAAAUAGUUUUAAUCUUAUUUUAUAUUUUUUAAUUAUAUAGAAUUAUAUCUAAAUAUGAAUUUGUUGAAUAAAAAUGAGUUCUCUAUUCUAUCGUUCGAAAAUUUAAAGUGGUAUAAACGUAUUGGUGAGAUUAUAUGUGAUUAUAUGCAAGAUUACAUGCAAUUUGAAGCUAUAAUUGAUCUAUCCAUUAAUCGAUACAAUUAUAUUUAGCAAAUUCCUUCUCGUAGGAUUAUUUAUAUCUAAAUUAGAUUUGUAUGAUGUACGUUUCAGUCAUUGAUCUAAUAGUACUUUAAAAGCGAUCCAAAUAAUAAAAAGAUCUCAUUAAUGUCUGCACUAAAUACUAGAUACUCUAUGUCACUCUUUAUGUACGGGAUGUCUCAAAACUUUAAAAUUAUUAUAUUUUUUACUCAAGUAAAAAUUGAUCGAGAAGAUUUAAUGAACUGGUGAUGGACUGGUUUUGAAACAUCCCGCGUACGUACGUCGCUUAUGCGUUGUACAUUU